GUUAAUCUGAACAAUGCCUCUUGCAAAACAUCGGUGCUGAGUUCUGUACCUGAAUGUCCCUUCCUUUGCACCGUACCACCGUGGUACAUAUCUGAGAUAUUUCUGAGUCUCAAUUCGCUCUUUCUCGUGGCAUUCAGGCAUUCGCGUUAUGCCGGCGUUCACUCUCGAUAAUGAGCAUCUUUCAAGUCAAACAGACCAAACUUAUCAGACCUCCAAAAGGGGAAGUCCUGUCUGAUCAGAAACGACCUCCUAAUAUUAAAUAUGUUUACACACUUACUUCUUUCAUCUGUCUCGGCUCUUUUCUCUUCGGAUGGAAUCAAGGUGUAUUAUCCAUGAUUAUCGCUGAUGCCAGAUGGUUGAAGAUCAUGGAGCCUGCCAACGAUUGGACCAUCGGUUUCGUCGUGAGUAUCUACAAUAUCGGCUGCGCCUUUGGGGCCAUGACGGUUGGCUUUUUGGCAGACUCUGUCGGUCGAGAACGAACGAUCUCCCUGGCGAGUAUUGUCUUUAUAACUGGAGCGUUGCUACAGGCCGCCUCAUACACGGUAACACAAAUGACUCUUGGCCGUUUAGUGCUAGGCGUUGGUGUUGGGGCUUACUCUGCAGGAGUCCCGCUGUACAUCACAGAAAUUGCACCGGCUGCGAUCCGUGGGCGGAUUGGAGCCAUCAAUCUGAUGAUUCUAUGUUUCGCCGAGAUGGUAGUAUUCUUCGUGGUGUACGGGUUCUUUUUCAUGAACUCCGAUAACUGGUGGCGGUAUCCAAUCACAAUACAAAUCUUGCCUGCGAUAGUGCUUGCAGUGGGUUGUUGGAUAUGGGUUCCCCCGUCACCCCGGUGGCUUGUCGCACAAGACCGGUAUGAUUGUGCGCAUGAAGUCCUAUCACGAUUGCAUGGGACGGACGUUGCGGAUUUUGAGAUAAAAGAGAUUCGUGAGUCCCUAUCUAUCGAGGAUGCAUCAUCGCAGGGCACAUGGGCAGAUAUGCUCAAGGGACCCGUGCGCUGGGUGACGUUCCUUGGUACCACCAUUCAAUUCUUGCAACAAAUUACUGGUACAAACUCCAUUUUCUACUACGCCCCGACCCUCUUCAUGAGAGGUGGCCUCACAGCCGAAGCUGCGAAUUUAGCAACGGCUGGAGUUGGCGUUGUUCUGUUCUUCUCGGCUUGGAUACCAGUUGUGUAUUUCGAUAGACUCGGGAGAAAGACGUGGCUUCAGAUCGGCACGGCUGGUAUGUUUGGUGCUUUGAUUGGGAUAGCAGCGCUACUGCGCCACGCGGAAAGCCACCCUGGUAGCCCAACCAACAACGCUAUUGUGGCAUUCCCCUACUUGUUCUACACUUUCUUCAAUAUGAGUUGGAGCUCCGGUAGUUGGACUUACGCCGCGGAGAUCUUCCCAAUCUCACUCCGAGCAAAGGGCAAUGCGUUAUGUACGGCAUCGUUGUGGAUAUCAAACUUCAUCGUGGCACAAACGACUCCGCCGAUAGCCAGUGCUAUCGGCUGGGGGCUCUAUAUCUUGUUGGCAUUUUUCUGUUUGAUUGCUUUCCUUUUCGUGAGAUAUGCGCUCGUUGAAACGAAAGGUCGAACACUUGAAGAAAUGUCCCAUCUUUUUGGUCUGAACGAUGAGGCAGCAAAACAAGAUCAUGAAGACUCAGAACGAAACGAACUCCUUCGUAAUAGCUUAGACUCCACUCGCGAGACUGACGAGUAGGAAUUACCUGAGGAGCAGAGAUUCAAUACGACUACCAACGAUGGAUUUACCUAGAGGACGUGAACUUCACGAUUUAGUGCAAGAAACCUGAAUCGUGACCCCUACAUGCGCUAAAUCGCAAUAUUCUAUCGUCGUGGUCGCUCGUAGCAAUGGCUUUUGUCGACAUUACAUACCCGACUCCCUAUCACUCUCCGUGCUGCAAUCUAUACUGGUUGGUGGCAAAAGAUGAACCAUAAUCUGGCAAAUUUCUUCCUUAUAUAAAAUUUAAACAUAUAUGCUCGAAACUAUAACAGAACUCAAUCUCAUCACCAUC